AAGCUGCAGAGGUCUCCUCGUCUCUCCGGGAACGCGGCAAAGACGAGUUAGAAACUUAGAUAGCGAUGCCGACCAACGGUGAGGCCCCAGCAGCGGAGACGGCGGCACCGGCGGGGCCGGCGUCGCUUGGAUGGGGAUGGGGUUCAUGUCCUGCGCUGUACGUGUCCUACGGCUUGUCCGCCCUGAAAGGCCGGCAACCGGAGCUGACGGGCGCCCUGGCUGCCGUGCCGUCGUUCACGGCGCUGUCGCCGCCCAUGGGGCUCGACUACUUCGGGGUCUUCGACGGCCAUUCGGGCGCGGCCGUCGCCAAUUACCUGACGGAGCAGCUGCACGGCGCCAUCGCGGACCAGAUCUUGCGCGAGCUGGUCGCCGAGGCCCCGCGGUUCCUCCACGGGCCGCAGGGAGACGUGGAGGGGUGGUGGAGGACGGCCAUGGCGGACGCGUUCCAGACAGUGGACGCGGAGCUGCUGAAGGGAGCAGGCGGUGUGGACGCUUCGGUCGCCGGCGCGACGGCCCUCGUGGCGCUGGUCCUGGAGGAGUACGUGGUGCUCGCCAACUGCGGCGUUUCCAGGGCCGUCAUCUCCCGCGGCGGCGAGAUCUUGCAGCUCACCUCCGAGCACCGGUCAAACAGGCCUGAUGAGAAGCAGCGUGUGGAAAACGGCGGGGGACGCGUGGAUGAAUCCACCAACACAGUUGACGAGUUUCUGCCAACCUCCCGCGCAUUUGGCAUGUACAUACUCAUUGGCUGGAUCGGUCGACCAUUUCUGGCUUAAUUUGUGCGAUCCCUGCUAACUAA